GUGAGAAUUGGCCACUCUCUGAAUGAGGAUGAGAGUCAACAUGUGGCCAAAAGGAGAGCGACUGUUCCUCAGUGUCUUCAGGAGCACAAUAUAUCCUGCAGUGUGGACGAGGUACCCAACAUUGCUGUGCUGGGCUCUGGUGGUGGGGAGAGAGCUAUGAUUGGAUUGCUGGGGUCACUGAGCCAGCUGAGUGAAGAGAAACUGCUAGACUGCAUCAUGUAUCUCUGUGGCGUCUCUGGAUCUACUUGGUGCAUGGCAUCAGUGUACAAAGAACCAGACUGGUCCAACCAAAUGGAGACAGUCAAACAAAACAUCAUCAAAAGGCUCGAUCAGGGCAAAGUCACCUACUAUGAACAAUACAAAAAGCUGAAGAAAAUGUGUGAAAAGGACAACUUCAGUGUAACUGAUAUCUGGGCAUCAUUUAUUGUGUCUAAUGCAGUGAAAGAGAUUGAUGAACAUGUUCUCACAGAACAGAGGGGUCAGCACAACAAUAACCCAUAUCCGAUCUAUACAGUGAUUGACAAGAAGUCCAAAUAUGACACACUGUGUAAAGACUCUUGGUUUGAGAUCACUCCACAUGAGUGUGGCUACUCCCUCACUGGAGCCUUUGUGGAUACCAAAUGUUUGGGAAGUAGGUUUGUGAAAGGGGCAAAGACUGAGGAACAUCCUGAGAGUGACAUGCUGUACCUACAAGGUUUGUGUGGUAGUGCACUCGCUGAUGGAAAAGAGGUAAAAAAAACAAUUCUUGAGUGGCUACUCAGAUUGAUCAGAUGCGUGGGCUCUUUUUCAACUAAGUGCUCUGACUUUAAUGAAGGUCAUUCUACUCAGCAUUUGCAUUCUGCCCCAAUAACAGCAUCACAGUUCAAUUCUGAAAAUAAAAAAGAGUCCGUGAAUAAUGACAAGCUAGUGAUGCAGACCCUUCUGGAGUUGAAUCUUCACUUCAUCAGUGGAAAGGAUCGAAAGUGUGAUAAAGAAGGAAAUGAGGUAAAACUUCAAGAACCAAUCACAGAUGAGAUCUUAAGCAACUACACCCUGAAAGUGUGCGAUUGUCUCGCUGACUGGUUUCCAAACACAGAGGUCAAUGUGAUUGCUAAAUGCAUGAAGAAAGUGUAUGAAUGGGACUGGGGAACACAUUACAACUUUCUCUACAAAAUGACAGUUGAUGAAGUUCAUCCCAGCAUCCUUAAGUCAAAGACAAGACAAUAUGAGGACGCUGGACUGUUAGUCAACUCACCCUAUUUCUCUGUACUGAGAAAGGAACGCAAUGUUGACCUCAUAAUUUCCCUUGAUUUCAGUGAAGGAGAUCCCUUUGAGACAGUGGAUAAAGCUGCUCAAAUGUGUAAAGAUCUUCAGAUCCCGUUCCCUACAGUUGAACACCCAGGAAAUAUUAAAGAACCAGAGGACUUCUAUGUGUUUAAGGACAACCCCAAUGCUCCAGUUGUGAUUCACAUGCCUCUUUUUAAUGCUGUUAACUGUAAAGGUGAAGUUAAGAAGUGGGGAAAAAAAUACAAGACCGUUUACUUGGUUUACAGGGAGGAAAUGAUCAGUGAUCUUUUGGAGAAAGCUGGUCUAAACAUCAAAAACACAAAGGAGAAACUCCUGAAGGAGAUAGAAGAAGUCAUUCAAAGAAAGAAGAAUUAG